AUGGGGCACGAAGACCAGGUCGAGGAGAGAGAGGUCCUCGAGUCCAUCUUCCCCGAAGAAAUCACAGACAUCUCGGAAACCGAAUUCCGGAUAUCCGUAACCCUCGACCUCCCCGAAGAGACCGACGCACCCGAACCCCCCACCAUCCUCCUCCAAGUCCGCUACCCAGACGAAUACCCCGACAAGCCACCGCACCUCGACCUCCUCUCUCCCCCAAACGCCCCCUCCCACCCAAAUUUCUCCCUCUCCGAAGACCGCGACGCCCUCCUCAAUGUUCUCAAUAGCGCCGCCGAGGAGAACCUCGGCAUGGCCAUGGUGUUCACGCUCGUGUCGACGCUAAAGGAAGCUGGUGAGCAGCUCAUCGCCGACCGCGUGGCGGCGGCUGAGAAGAUCCGCGAGGAGGCCCUCCUGGCGGCCGAGAGGGAGGAGAAUAAGAAAUUCCACGGGACGCCCGUGACGCCGGAGACGUUUACGAAGUGGCGCGAGGGGUUUAUGAAGGAGAUGGAGGAGCUGAGGAAGAAGGAGGAGGAGGAGAGAUUGGCGGAGUUGAAGAAGGCGAGGGUCAAGGAGCCCGUUAGGAUGACGGGUAGGCAGCUUUGGGAGGCUGGGUUGGUUGGGAAGGUGGAUGAGGAUGAGGAUGAUGUGCCUGUGGAGGUGGUGGAGAAGUUGAAGGUGGAGGCUUCUUGA